AUGGGAUCGUCACGGCUGGUCCGCCCGAGCCGGAUGCCAGGAGCGAGAACAAACGAGAAGCUGGAAUGGGAAUGCCAGAUUAAUGAGUCGGGAGCCUGGCGCACCCGUCUCGUGACUGAUUCAAACUCGGGCACGAUCCGUGAGCGGGGAAGUAACAUAUUGGGAGGAAUAAAGAGAGAAAAAAUGAGAGGAAACACGGAAGGGAGCAUGGGAUUUAAGCGGGGACGCCUGCUGGGAUUAGAUCGUAGUCAGACUCAGUGCCGAAAGCGGUUCUCUGCUCCUGCAAACAUGGCAAGUUUCCUGCUUUACUCGGUCGUCCUCCUUUGGAGAAUCAUCGGUGAUGCGACUCCAGUCGAUUCGGACGGGUUGAAUAGCAGCAUGAACGAGACGCGGGAGGUCGUGCAGAAGCCAGGUUUCUGCAAUUAUUACAUGCCUGGCCUCCCGACGGGUUUCAAGCAACCGGUGGAUUUCAUGCCGAACAGAUGCCUCGACGACGGGUACUGCGCCGACGACCUGAAAUGCUGCCCGAUUGACGACUACAUCUGGGACUGUUCCUCCCCGGUCGCCCAAGAAGUGACUGAGAAGAUUCCCCGCCAAGAACCGCUGGCGGUCGCGAGUCCCAUCCGUGAAGGAUAUUGCCCGGACGGAAUGGAAGACGUUUUGAAUCCGUUCAGUUCCCCGGAAGUCAUCGAUCGGAGGGGAUGCACGUUCGACGUCUCAUGUCCCGGGAACCAGAAAUGCUGUCCCGAUAAGGAUCGGGUUUGGAGAUGCGUGGCGCCCGCGGCCGCGAAGGUGACCCAGAUCCCCGCUGACCUCCUCGUCCCUCAGUGUCCCGUUCUCAAUCUGACCCUGCCUCAAGAGGACUGCAAUCUCUUCGGAGGAGAGGCCUUCCAGGCCUGCACGAAGAACGAGGACUGCGUCAUUCCUUACCGCAGGUGCUGCCGCGUCGAGUCCUGCGGGGGGGGCUUGUAUUGCCUCAUCCCACUGGAUGACCCCAUGGCCCUCGUCGCACACUGA